GCCAAUACUUUAAUACAAAGCGUUUACACCUCAAUGUUAAUGCGGCGAUCUGCUGCCCACACUGCAGUCCAGUAGGUGGCGGUAAUGCACCUUUAAGUUGGUCUGCCAACCGCCAUUAAAAACCAAAAGAAGAGCACCAAAACAAAUAUGGUCGCCUCCAUAAUCCACUCACACGCUGCAGCUUCAGAGAAAACGCGGUCUGUGCCAGGUUUUGAUGUGGGACGGAAGAAUAAAGAGCUCACCGCUGCAGCUAUUUUGAAACGAUAUUAAAGCAAACGUUUAUAGCUUGGCUGCAGAGCAGGAUGGCCACACCGGGGAAAGCCACGAAGAAGGAGAAGAAGAAAAUGGUCCCAGUGAAAACGUCUCUUAACAACCCGUACAACUUAAAGUGGAAGCCGUUAGAAAAGGGAAACGCGCGAUUCAUCCUGAAAACGGUGACGGAGAAACUCAGCUCGCUCGAGCUCAGAAAACGACACGUGAAAGUUUUUCGAAAGUGGCGAAGCAAAAGAAAAGCCAAGAAAGGAAACUCUGAUUCAAUGGACACCAGUGAACCGACUCAGGAGUCACAGGAGCGAGGCUGCUCAGAUUCAGUGGACACCAAUGAACCGGCUCAGGAGUCACAGGAGCGAGGCUGCUCAGAUUCAGUGGACACCAAUGAACCGACUCAGGAAUCACAGGAGCGAGGCUGGACCGAUAAGCGCGUGAGGAGCGAGCUCGCCAUCGGCAUCAACGAGGUGACUAAAGGCCUGGAGAAGAACGAGCUCGGCCUGGUGCUGGUGUGUGACUCGGUGAAACCCGCCCACAUGACGACCCAUCUCAUCUCACUGAGUCAAACCCGCUCGGUUCCUGCGUGCCAGGUCCCGGGUCUGAGCGCGAGUCUCGCGGGAUCUCUUGGUCUCAGCAGCGUGCUUGCGCUCGGCUUCAAACGCCAAAGCGACGCGUUCGCCGAUACAAUCGCGGCCCUCGCGCCCAAAGUGCCGCCGCUGGGCGUGGCUUGGGUGCCUACAGGGACGGGCACGUCUGAACCGGAAGUGGUCCAGGUAUCAGGAGAACCCGAGCAGCAGCUUGAAGACACGGAACCGGGGAGGGGGAGAAAAAGAAAACUGGAGGAUUCCCCUGAAGUUAAGAAGGACCAGGUCACUUUACUGCAACCUCUUAAAGUGAAGAAAAUCAUCCCAAAUCCUUCAAAAAUCCGGAAACCGAAGAUAAAGAAAGCAAAGCAGAAGUGAUCAUUAGUUCAGGGGGUUUUAGAGGUCACCUAACCAGAACAUUUUUCAACUCCUGGACUAUUUAUGGCCUCCUGUGACCAAAAAUCCUGCAGAAAUUUCAUGAUGCAUGAUGUCACAAUAUUUAAUUUUGCUUACAAAUUGGCAGUGAAAUAGUGAUGCCAUCUUAUGUGAAAUGACUU